CUAUUUUAUUGCUGUUAUGUUUUAGUUUGGCUAAGAUUGGGGCUGUUUUGUAUUCCAGAUGUUAAUGAUUUUGUGACAGACUGUGACGCUCAAGGUCUAUUUAAGCCUCAUUUUGGUUGCUGUCCACAUAAACACUGCCCUAUCAACUACUUUCCCUUCAAUGUGGUGGCUGCAAAGAUCUGCUUUAACAAUACAGGCAUCAUGGGUGGCAUUAAGAAUAAUGCAGGACAAGGGCUGACCAUUGUGUUAGCAAACGGUGAAACCGGUGAGGUUGUAAGAAAUAAGAACUUUAAUCUGGAAUCUAGAGAUCCCGAGGAAUUACUUGUCUAUCUAAAGACACUAAAACCAGGAAAUAUAGUGCGUGUGGCCUCACACAUCGACCCUACACCAAAGCUGACUGAUGAGAUUAGAGAAAUAUUCACUGCACUGGGCAGCACAGUGGUCAAAUCCCUGAAGCCCAGGGAUAGCUGGGUAUUCACAGGCGCUUAUGGAAUAAAUUAA